AUGGGGCGUGUGGCGGCCUGGGUGGGUCAAACCCCGCCCCCCCUUGUUCCUCCCCCCCCGCGUUUUGGGGUCCACGUGGGCCCCUGACAGCGGGGCAGAGACCCGGGGGCGAUGGAUGCGCUCAAGGGGCAGGUCCUGACCACCAAGGAGACCACUUUGAUCACAGUCUCCAAGGAGGACAAGAACAGGGGUAAUGCACCCAGCGGCUACUUAUCCAGGGCCAGCAGCAAUGCAGGGCUGACCCAGCUGGAGACGGAGGCCUUCGAGACAAAUGGGAUGAUCCAGGCGAUGCUCCCAGAUUCCCAGAAGAUCCUGACAAAUGAGCUGGAGAUCAUCAAAAGCCAACUCCAUGCCCAGGCAAAGGCCUUCGAAGCCCUGAGCCACUCGGUCUCCCUGCUGGAGCAGGAGAGCAGCCUGCAGCAGCGAAAGAUCCAGCAGCUGGAAGAGGAGUUGAGCCGAGCCUGCGGCCCAGCCCAGGGGGAGAUGUUUGAGCGACUGGUGGAUGGGAAGAUCCUGGAGGUCUGGGCUGCCAUGGCCAAGGAGGUGGAAGGGCUGCAGGAGUCUCUGCUGGAGCGCCCCGACCACCGCAUGAUCCAGAGGGGGGACUCGCUGGAGAACCUGUCCUUGGAGAUCCUGGAGAGCAAGAAAUUCCUCUGGGAGGAGCUGGAGUCAGUGCAAGAGGAUCAGGAGGACGAUAUAACCAAGAACCUCGUCAGCAUAAAGAAAAUGCACGAGAAUCAAGUGAAAUGCAGGAAGAUCCUGUCGCAGCUGAAGGGCAAAGGGCCAGGCGCAGAGGCGGCCCUGGAGUGCGUGGGCAGAGGCAGAGAUAGCAGGCCGGUCAAAGAGGAGCUGAAUGAUAUAUGGUCGGCCGUCAACACCCUGCGGAAUUCCAUGGCCAGCUGCAGCCUCCGGGGCGACGGCCAGGCAGCAGUGAGGGUCACAGGCCGUCGGAGCCGUCGGCACCGCAUGGCCAUCUCGGCCAGCCCACCGGCCCCUGCCGCAGAGCCAGCCCUGUGCCUCUGCCAGGAGGAGAGCAGCUCAGACCACAGCUCCUGCGAGGGCUCCUGCCCCUAGGGGGGCCAUGCCGGCUGAAAGCAGAGAGUGCCAGGGACCUGCCAGGGGCCUGGCCUAUGGAUGAGACCGAAUUAAACAGCUGCUUAGGAG